AUGGCUUACCUCAACGAUCUCGCUACAGAAAUACUCUGCAAAAUAUUCAAUUCCGUCACGGACAGUGUAGACGAUGGCAUUAUUCAAGACCCUACUGUCGGAGGUCGGAGUGGCGGCGUACAAGUUAUGGGUGGCAUCCCAACGCGGGGCGUGAUUGCGCCCACAUCUGACGCGUACAAGCUCCCAGAGCUCAAAACGACCAUUCUCGCCGCGUUCACCCUCUCUCACGUCUGUAAGACGUGGCGCAAGAUCGUACUUGAACGACCUGCGAUGUGGCAACGUGUCCGCAUCAGCUACCGCCAACUACUCGGUCUGGGCAAAAUGCUCAGGAAUAUCCUCGUGCGCUCGCACCCCUAUCCCCUCCAUCUAGACGUUUCUCUGCUUGGGUGUGAGUGGCAUCUCAGUGGAGAGGUCUAUACAGCGGCUAGGCGCCAACUGGACGAGUUUAUUAUGCGCUGCGAGUCUGUGCGUGUCGAAGGAAACCACUUUGCCCUCGCUGCUCUCCUGAAGAUCUUCGAACGGCACAAUUUAAAGGCAAGAACAAAAGCUGGGAUCAAAUGGCUCCAUGUCGUUGAGAACUUUCGUGACGCGAAUACGAACAUCCCUUCAGGUCCAUUCCCACUCGAUCGCAUCGCUCCCCAACUCAUCUGUCUGAAUGCUCAAUUCGCUGGAGCGUCUCGGUUUCCGUCGAACAUGGAUCGAAUUAUCUUUGAGGACCAUCUCUUCAAACGAGAGGUAUAUUGGGACGCGUUUUCCAUCUCGGGCGCAAAGCAUAUCGUACUUAGCAACGUCGGAAUUCCGCGGCCAUACCACAGGCUAGGAAUAAUGCUUGGGCCGCUGCCCCCAGGCUUUCCGGGUCACACGCCGUACGUUUCCCCAAGAGACAAGUACUUGGCAAGGACCGGCUCGACGCUCACUAGUAUCACUUUCCAUGCCUUGCAUGACUAUCGUCAUGAGCGGGGUUGUACUAUCAGGGCUGGCGAUAUCAUGCAGCAUGCAGCUGGGCAACUGUUUCAGGAAAUCUUUCUCAAACGCGUCGCCGCAACUCUGGAAAAAGUCCAGUUCGUGAACAUCACUGGGUACACUUGGGCGGGUUUCAUUACCGCUUGUGAGCACAUUCAGUUCGAUUUUCCGAGGGUCCACACUCUGAGGCUCGAGGAUGUCAAUAUUCACUUCGGGGGAGAAGAUUUUGGUCUUCUCGCGCGGGUGUUUCCGAAUCUGACGCAGUUGACGGUGAAGGGGAUGGGGUACCCUCACGGUGUGAAUUUGAUACGGCUUUUUUUGGGAGAUGGAUUUGUCUGGCCGGAGAUGAGAGCGAUUGAGUACGAUGUGUUUGAUGAUUAG